AUAGGUCUUUGAGACAAACGACGCCCAAAGCUGACGACGUGGCUGAAAAACGUCGCAUCACCGGUUUCCACCGGACCGGGGUGAUUCAAAUCAGAGAGCAGGCUGUUCUCUCAUUGCUAAUUCUGGACUUGUAGAAGUUCUAGCGGUCCUUCGCAACUCUUUGACCUCAUCACUGUGCAGUUAUGUCGGGAAAAGUCAAAGGCCGAAGUGCGGCUAACGCGGACUCCAUGGCUGGCUUAGUGUCCUGUGAUGAGCGCAUCUUGCGGGAUAUUCAUCAGCUGUACACGGAGGCGGACAGCGGGUUAAUUCCAGUGGCUGAAUCUGUUGGUGUGAAGCUCCUUCCACCCAGGAAAAAAAUCACGGUGAUGCUGAUGGGCAACCACUCAGCCGGGAAAAGCUCUUUCAUCAACUGGUAUGUAGAGGAGCACAUCCAGCGCACUGGGGUGGCUAUUGAGACGCAGGGCUUCAGCUUUGUUACAAGCGGUCGCAAAAGAGAGUCCCUCACGGGAAAUGCAACCCUCCAUCUAUAUCCACAUUUCAAGCCUCUGCAAGAGUUUAAAGGUGUUUCAGAGUACCUGAGCACGGAGAUCUGCACAUCUCGACAAAAGCGGUUCAGCCUGGUGACGUUUGUGGAUUCUCCAGGCUUGGUGGAUGGAGAUAUGAAAUAUCCCUUUGAUGUGGACGAGGUGAUCCUCUGGCUGGGGGAACUUUGUGACCUUAUCCUGGUUUUCUUUGACCCCAUGGGCCAGGCUCUGUGCAAGCGGACCCUCAACAUUGUGGAGUCCCUGAAUGAAAAACAUGGCGACCGGAUACACUUUUAUCUGAGCAAGGCGGAUGAAGCUGGUGGAGAGUCAGACAGACAGAGAGUAAUGAUGCAGAUUGUUCAGGAGCUCUGCAAAAGACCAGGACUCAACAAAUGUGGUUUCGACAUGCCCACCAUUUACAUUCCCAAUCCCAACAAGCCCAGUCGCUGUGUGAACCAGAUUGAGGAGGUCUGUCGUGCCGUCGAGAAAACCAUCAACCAGACGGUCCAGAACACCCUCAACUCCCUGGAGAAGGACUGUGAGCUCAUCAGCGAGGCCAUCACGAAUAAACUCAUCAAUGACAGGCAGAACAGUUUGCAGAACAGACGCGCCCGCUGCCAGAGCUGCUUCCUGUCCCUGCUGGGUUUCUGCAUCCCACUGGCUCUGCUGGCCUUACUGGCACUGGGGACGUUGUCCAAAGAGCUACUGGACAUGGCUCUGGGCCAACAGGGCAGAGAGGCUCUCUCACUGUAUCUGACACCAGUAGUGAAAAUAUUUGACUCCCUGUCUGGGGAACAGCGGCUUUAUUGCUGCGGUGGACUGGUCCUUCUCUCCUUCCUCCUGCUCAUCAUUGCUCGCUUUGCCUUCAGAACUCGGCCAACUCUGUCAGGCAAACAGAAACGGCAGCUUCAGGAGAAGCUCGAAUACAUUCAGGAGGUGGUUAAGACCAAAAAGAAAAACCUCUACGAGGAAUAUCUGCGCCAGAGUGUUAGUGAUCAUGACAUGGACGUGUAAAGGGGGGAAAAAAAAAAAGAAAAGUUCCUCGCAAUGACUUGGGACCAACUUGCCAAGAUUCCACACCAGCUCAAAUACGUGUCUUUCUUUUUAUUCCAAAUAUAUGUGGCAUUCAACAGAAAACCCCUCCAUGAUCUGGUGCUUUGACUUGGGUACAGCCUGUUACAUGAACUUGUACACUACUCUACCUGUACAUGACAUGAGCUUGUUACUGAUCUUCUUUCUUCUGAGCACUUCCUUUCUGAGUCCUGUGCCUCUGUCCCUUUCCAAGUAAUUCAGGUGUGAACCACUCUAUAACACAAAGAUGUUGAAGCUAUUUAUAGCAACAUGUAGCACUGAUUUGAGUGUCUUUGUAAACAUUUUCAACUUUGAUGGUGUUACCCAGAAUUUUAUACAAUAUUUUUUCAUCAAGAUGUCACAUAUUUGUAUUAUCCCUAAAGAUAUCUGUUUUUUUUAGUAAGUAGAAUAAUCAAUUAAAAAUUCUGCGGUUCUGAUAGUUUGCCAGCAGUCAUGAAAUUGCAUAGGAUUGCAUUUCAAUUUUUUCAUUUUCUCCCCACCUUGUCGUGAUUUAAGUAACUAAAUAAACGGUUCAAUCAA